AUGCCUGUGCUUGGAGUAGGAAGAGGAAUCCCUCUCCUUCCUUCUUUUUCUCCAGGUCCUGUUGAGUCCUUUUCUCCAGCCUCUGAGCAACAAGCAGUCCAACACGCUCAGACUUCCCACACAGGAGCCAAGCCCCCGAUGCCCACCACUCCAGAAGUGCUGGAGCUUUCCACUGUUGCACCAGCAAAGAUGGAGCUGAAAAUGGAAGCCGUCUGUGAGCCACCUGAUAAGGCUGGAAUAAAAGGAACUCCUGUAACCAUUGGCUCAAACCACAUCCCGAUUCUUUGCAAGAAUGAAGCUGUGUAUCAGUACCAUGUUACAUUCACUCCAAAUGUUGAAUCGAUGAGAAUGCGCUUUGGCAUGAUGAAGGAUCACCGCUCGACCACAGGGGAAGUAGUAGCUUUUGAUGGCUCCGUCCUCUACCUGCCUGUUAAGCUUAAUGAGCCCAAAAUGCAGCUCGUAGUGUGCAUCAUGGUCGGCAACAGAGACGAUCUCUACAGUGCCAUCAAGAAGCUCUGCUGUGUCAAAAAUCCCAUCCCAUCCCAGGCUAUCAAUGUGCAGACAAUUUCCCAUCAGCACAAGUUGAGUGUUGCCCAAAAGAUACUCCUGCAGAUAAACAGCAAGUUAGGAGGAGAGCUGUGGACUGUCAGUGUCCCUCUGAAACACUUGAUGGUGGUUGGAGUUGAUGUGCACCAUGACACCAGCAAAGCUCAUCAGUCAGUCAUGGGCUUUGUCGCAAGUAUAAACAGCUCACUGACCCGCUGGUACUCCAGAGUAACUUUCCAGACACCCACCGAGGAGCUGAUCAGUGGCUACAGAGUUUGCUUUCUGGCCGCACUGCAGAAGUACUACGAGAUGAACCACAACUUGCCAGAGAAGAUUGUGGUGUAUCAAGAUGGUGUGUCACACGGUCAGCUGAUGAUGGUGGAGCAGUACGAGAUCCCACAGUUGUUGAAAAGCUUUGAGAAUUUCCCCAGCUAUGAGCCCAAGCUGGUCUUCAUUGUGGUCCAGAAGCACAUCAGCACCACCCUCUACUCCUGCACUGCAAACAACAUUGGCACACCUUCAGCUGGAACUGUUCUGGAUCACACCCUCACUCAAAAACACUGGGUGGACUUCUAUCUGAUUGCACAUCAUCACCAGGGCUGUGGACUUCCCACACACUACAUCUCUUUGUACAACACAGCAAACCUCACACCAGACCAUUUGCAAAGGCUGACUUUCAAGAUGUGCCAUCUGUGCUGGAACUGGCCGGGAACAAUUCGCGUUCCAGCACCGUGCAAGUACGCCCACAGACUGGCUUACCUGUCUGGCCAGUACCUGCACUCUGAGCCAGCCAUCCAGCUAUCAGACAAGCUCUUCUUCCUUUGAGCUGCACCAGUUACUGCCAUGUGUCGCAAUCUACCCCUCUGUCCUUCCCUUCAACCACGUUCCAUCCCAUUCUCACUCAU